AUGCGUCUCCUGCUAAACAACGCUCGCUACCUGUUCGACUACGACGAGCUCACCGGUGACUUCUCAAUGGAAAUCUCCCCUGUGCUCUGGUCCACCGACUGCGGUGCCUGGCAGUGCCACGUCACCGUUCGUCAACCCAACGGAAAAUCGCAUACUCUAACCAGCCGUCGUCGUAUAAAACCGGGAGAGAUUGGCGUGCGAAAGGAGACAAGACGAGAGAACGUAGCUGUGGCUAGGAUAGAGCCAACUAGUCAGCCGGAGCAAGUCGAGUUUGGUGACCUACUGUCGUCUGCUCCGAUACAACUUCAGAAGCGUGGCGAUCGUUCGUCGGAUUGGGGUCAGAAUGUAGCGUCAUUCUCCAGGAAUUCAGAUGACAAUGUGUAUAUGACAAGGAAAUCAGAGGAGAUUUCGACAAAUGUCGUUUUUGCCAGAAACGAUGGACCAAUUCGAAAACACCAUCAUCACAACAAAUCACCGGUUCGGCAUCGAGAGUUGGAGCGCCUGUUCGACGCACAAAUUGAUUAUGAAUUAGAUAUGUCCACCGACGACAUGUACUACCUAGGCUCCAGAGCUCAUGCUCGAAGUGCACAAUACUAUUAUAACGGAGUGGGGACGACCAAUCAUUGUUAUACAUAUCUGCCAAUUUUUUCUACAAUUUUCGUCUUAUUUUUAUGA